UCUUGGUGCGCAGUGACAUGUCGAGAGGAGGACGGUGAGGCAGGUGUCCGAUUCCGACAGACGGUGCGUGUGUCCGAGGUGUCCAGAGUCAUCCGCGCGAGGUCAACGACUGACCCGCGAGAGGAACCAGCGCAGAGUCCCUGAACGUGCAGAAUCAUGAGCGUUUCGAUUCUCAACAACAACCUCAGGUUUGAGGAGGGGGUGAAGGUGGAGAUGGCGCCGAUCCUGGCGUCGGCGGGCGCCGCGGCCAUGAUCCAGCCGGCGGCCAAUUCGUCGCAGACAAAAAUGGCCAACCUGCCGCAGCGGCCGCCGGUCGAGCUCGCCUUUUCCGAACUCACCUACAGAGUCUCCGAGGGCAGGAGUAAAGGUCGGAAAACCAUUUUGAAGUCUGUGAGCGGAUUGAUCCGUCCGCGCGAGCUGACGGCCAUCAUGGGUCCGUCGGGCGCCGGAAAGUCGUCGCUGCUCAACAUCCUCACCGGCUACAAGACGACAGGGAUGUCAGGGUCGAUUACUGUGAACGGGGCUGAGCGGAACCUGAGCCACUUUCGGAAGCAGUCUUGCUACAUCAUGCAGGACAACCAACUGCACGCCAACCUGACGGUGCAGGAGGCGAUGCGUCUCGCCGCCAGCCUCAAACUCAGCAAGGACUAUCGGGACAAGCCUGGCAUUAUCAGGGACAUUUUGGAGACGCUGAGUUUGCUGGAACACGAGCACACGAUGACCUCAAACUUGUCCGGGGGGCAGAAAAAGCGCCUCAGCAUCGCACUCGAGCUCAUCAACAACCCGCCCGUCAUGUUUUUCGACGAGCCCACCAGCGGUCUAGACAGCUCAUCAUGCUACCAGUGCAUCAAACUGCUGAAGGACCUGAGCAGGGGCGGCCGCACCAUUGUCUGCACCAUCCAUCAGCCGAGCGCCCGACUCUUCGAGAUGUUCGACCAGCUGUACACCCUGGCCGAGGGCCAGUGCAUCUACCAGGGCAACACAAGCCAACUUGUGCCGUGGCUCUCCUCCAGGGGCCUCGAGUGCCCCAGCUACCACAACCCAGCCUCCUAUAUAAUUGAGGUGUCUUGUGGGGAGUACGGGGAGAACAACGUGAGCGCCCUGGUGGCGGCCAUCGGCAACGGCAAGCACGACAUCCGCGAGGGCAAACCGUGGCCCGAGGUCAAGGACAACAAUCAGGUGGUUGCGAUGAAAAAUGGUGACAAGAACUUCGCCAAGACCACCACCAACUACGUCUCCAAGGACUCAAAUUUGACUGCGAAUCUCCAGGUUGUGGUGCAGCGGGAGGAGAAUGGGGGGCUUACGGUGACUUCGUCCCUGCUCGAGCCCAGCGUGGACACCAAGAACGUGGGCAAGCGUUACGAAACUUCCGAGUGGCACCAGUUUUGGAUCAUCCUGCAGAGGGCCUUCCUCUUCAGCCGACGUGAUUGGACCCUGAUGUACCUGCGUCUGUUCGCGCACAUCCUGGUGGGUUUCCUGAUUGGCGCGCUUUACUACGACAUCGGCAACGAAGGCUCCAAGGUGCUCAGCAACCUGGGAUUCCUCUUCUUCAACAUGCUUUUCCUCAUGUACACCUCAAUGACCGUCACCAUCCUCUCUUUCCCGCUCGAGAUGCCAGUCUUGCUGAAGGAAAACUUCAACCGCUGGUACUCCUUGCGCUCUUACUAUUUGGCCAUCACUAUUUCGGACAUUCCCUUCCAGGCGAUCUUCUGCGUGCUGUACGUCAGUAUCGUUUACUACUGCACGUCGCAGCCGUACGAGUGGUUCCGCUUUGGCAUGUUUUUGGCCGCCUGCCUUAUGAUUUCCUUCGUGGCCCAGAGCAUCGGUCUCGUCGUUGGCGCCGCCAUGAAUGUUCAGAACGGCGUUUUCCUGGCGCCAGUGAUGUCGGUGCCGUUCCUGCUGUUUUCCGGCUUCUUUGUGAGUUUCGACGCGAUCCCGAUUUACCUGCGGUGGAUCACGUACCUGAGCUACAUCAGGUACGGCUUUGAAGGCACCGCCCUGGCGACGUACGCGUUCGGACGCGAAAAGCUGAAGUGCAGCCAAAUGCACUGCCACUUCAAGAAGCCUGAGACGACCCUCGAGGAGCUGGACAUGGUGGACGCCGACUAUCGUCUUGACAUCAUCGCCCUCGUCGUCAUUUUCGUCAUCCUCAGGGUCGCCGCCUUCCUCUUCCUGCGCUGGAAGCUCAAGAGCAACCGUUGAUUAUCCUUUUUUUAAAUAAAAAUAUUUUUGCUAUAUUAAAUAUUGUGAUAAAAAAAUGCGAUUUCUGCUCUCUCGACUAAAACCGGGGCUGCUCUUCUGAUUCACCACAAUCAGGUUUUUACUUUGUUAUAUUAUUUCAUGUGAUAUUUAUUUGUAGAAAUAAAUCUCAGUCUGUAUUUCCCUUUCAACUAUAAAUGAAGUAACACAAAUUGUGUGCCCGUUUUUUUCCUGUUCACGAAUUUUACUUGUUAUUGUAAUAAAAAUAAAUAAGUUUCCCACUUGAA